CAUCAGCUGGUGAUGUUUGUCAUUUGUCUAUCACCAGACUUGCUAUUAAAAUAAAAUAUCCUCUAAAAUUAAGACGUAGUAGUAAAAAAAAAAAUAUCUUUAUCAUGCUGCGUCUCAAUAAUUUCAACCGAUUGGUUAGGCCGACGUUGCAAAUAGUCGGAGUAAGAUCCAACUCCGAGAUCCAUCAUCCUCCCGGCAAUGAACCAGCAAUUCCUGUAUAUGUUCCUCGUCUUCAAGAAGACAUCAAGUUGAAAAAAGCCAGACUUGUGUACCAAUCUCGUAAGCGAGGGAUGCUGGAAAAUGGACUUGUCUUGAGUACAUUCGCUAAAAAAUAUUUAGACACAUUUAGUGAAAAACAACUGGCGCUCUAUGAUGAAUUGAUAAACUUGCCUUCCAACGAUUGGGAUCUAUACUACUGGGCUAUCGGCAUGAAACCAACUCCCGUUGAGUUUAAUCAUGAGAUAAUGGAUUUACUUAAGACACAUGUGCGUAAUGAUGACCGCCAAUCUCGAAUUGUUCAACCAGAUUUGUAUUAAUUUUUAUUAUGUGGAUAUUCAAUAGUUUUCUUAAGAUCAA